AUGAACAUUGGCUAUUCAUUUAAGUACGAGUUGUUUUUUUCAGGUAUCAUUUUUUUUGUUUUGAAAUUAGGCUCAAAUUGAAUUAUGUGUGGGUUUUGAAUUGUGUCAUUAUAGGUAUGAAUGAGUUUAAAAACCUAAAAAUAUAUAAAUAAUAAAUGUAUCUGAAACGGGUUCGAAUAUUUGUACAAAAAAUAAUCAUAUUAUCCGAAGAAAGAUUAGUGAAAGAGUCGGGGUACAACCUUUCUUCUUUACUCUGGCAUGCUUGCUUUCUUUACCCCGGGCCGUUUGUCUUCUAUUCUAUGGAACACAUUUUAAUCCAAGUAUUUUGAAUACAAUUAUUUAUAUUACUACUCAUCUGAAAUAUAUAACACUAAUUAUGAAAAACAAAUAUUAAUGUAUAAAAAUCAAUAUCUAUACAGAUUCGCGGAUCAAUCUCUAAAUCGGUUUAACUUAACAACCCGUAUCAUACGUAUCCUACAAAAAAAAAGAACUAAUCGUAAAUAUACGAAAAUCUUUUACUCCGCUAUAUAUAUAUGAACUUAUACUAAAAUAAAAUACAUUUUGCAUAUGUAUCUACUAGCUUAUUUGUGUACAUAUAUAGCUUGAUAUUUAGCAUGUGGUCGUAUAUCGUGAAGAAAAAUCGUGUUUAACUCUUUCUGUACACGUGGAUAUAGUAUAAAAAGAGAUUACAUGUAGAAAUAGAGAGACUGUGUAUAACUAAAAAACAUUCAUAUAUAAAUAGAGCUUUGCUAGAUCAAGGAUCUUUAUUCAUCCUCUCCGUAUUAUUCUUCUCCUUCUCCUUGUUCUGUUUUUUUAUUGAGGGUUUUAGUCUCAUUCACUUUCCUCUACUAUUUCUUCCAUCAUACAAAACCACAGUUUCUAUCUUAAGAUUAGUACAAUAUACAAACACACAUCAACUGAAACUAUAUUUCUUUUGAUCCUUUAUGUAUAUGUGUACAUAAUUAUAUUUACUAUACCCCGAAAGAAAGCAAGCUAAGGAAUCCUCAAAGCAGGACUUUGUUUUGAUGGAGGAAAACCCGCAUCGAGUUUCACGUAAACACAAUGGCGGGACCCACUGUCAAAACGACGCCGUCUACGAAGAGAGCCGUCGACACCGUCAUCACAUUCACGGCGAUAAAGUCAAAUGCUCUGGCAAGAGAUGCCGGUCGUGGGCGGCGGCUGCUAUUGCUGACUGUGUAGCGCUUUGUUGCUGUCCAUGUGCGAUCAUAAACUUUCUCACUCUCACUUUCGUUAAAGUCCCGUGGACGAUCGGACGGCGAUGUCUCGGUCGGAGCCGGAAUAAGAAGAAGAAGAAGAGGAAGCUACACAUGAGACAAGACCGCGGGAAAUUCAUCUGUGAAGAUGUGUUUGAGAUGGCCGGAGGAGAUGAGAAAUGCGGUGGUGGCGUAGGAUGUUGUGGCGGCGGAGAUUAUGAUGAUCACCGGUUUGUAGUGGAGAGAGAUGGGAGUUUAACGAAGGAGGAGGACAAAACGACGACGUCGAGUAGAGGAGAUGAUGAGUCGAGAAUAAGUGCAAGAGUUGAAGCCGAGAGAGUGUGGUUAGAGUUGUAUCAGAUUGGUCAUCUUGGAUUUGGUCGAGUCUCCUUCACUGGGAUCCAAUGAUUUUAAUCAAAAAGUCAAAACGUUGUAGGAAUCUUUUAGUUAAUAUUUAGAAAAUUUCGGAGGA